CACGACGAUAUAAAACACCAUGUCUCGAAGCGCGCUCGAGAGGCAGGCCUUUAGGUCCGCGCGUUCCGGCACCUUACCCGUGCCGACCUCGGCACCCGCGGGCUUCCUCUCCGAGGUGGACGACCAGCUGACGGAGGAGCAGCGGCAGGAGGAGGAGCUGCAUAACAACGUCCUCCCGAUCCACGGGAAUGAUCGCACCUUCAAUCUCAACACCCUCCUGGCCCAGACCAUCCUGGCUAGCGAGUAUUUCAAGAGCCUCGCGGGCAUCACGACGUAUCUCGAGGGCGUGAAGAUUGUUGGCCUCGCCGCUGGAGACUGCCAUACGAUGACGUACGACGUCUCCGGCAAGGCCUACGGUUGGGGCAGCUAUCGCGAAAAGGUGGUGGAUGAGAUCUACUCGUACUGCGACCACGUGGCCCCCUGGGCGCCCGGCACGAGCAGAGUCCCCUCCUCGGCGUUCUGCCUGCUCAUGAAGCUCUUCGUCAUCAAGCUCACCAGGCCGCAGAUGAACGAGAUCCUGGUGCACGAGGAGCUUUGGGGGUGGCUGGAGCCGUACAUGGACGACGAAAAAAAGUUCAAGCCGUCCCCUACGGAAGGGAGUAUGACCAUGGGCAAGUGGGUCCGCAAGAUCAUCAGUGACAUGCAGUACUACGGGACCAUGCUCCCUCGCAUCCCGGUGCUGAUCGAGAGGAAGAUGAAGGUUCAGCUGCUGCUACACGAGGAGAUGAAGAAGAGGGAGAAGGCUAACUUCCGAAUCGUGAACCUCCUCAAGCCUGGCACGAAGGUCCGAGCCAUCUACGCGGACGAGGAGAACGACCCUUCUUGGUACGACGCCGUCAUCAACAGCGUCGAGGAGGACAACCGAUACUUGGUGACCUUCCCGGAGUACGGCAACCAGGAACUUGUUCGCCUGGGCUCCAUCAUGCUGCAGGCGAAGACCGACAAAAGCCCCACGCGGGGUAGCGGCAGCGGCGGGGGGGGGAAGGGGUCGGAGAGAGGGGACCACAAGAGCGGUGGCGGAGGCAAGGGGGACGGCAGAUCGGACCGUAAACGGAGCAGGAGCGACAGCCGCAGCCGCAGCAAGGCUCGAGGAGGUAGCCGGGAUCGUGAUCGUGAUCGUGACCGCGAUGCCAAGGAUAGGGAGAGAGACAGAGACAGCAGAGGAGGAGGGAGAGACAGGGGAGGCGGCAGGGACGGCAGCAGGGAUCGGGACCGGGACCGAGACCGGGACCGCGCCAGGAACAAGGAUCGCCGGCGCAGCCGGAGCCGAAGCAGGGACGGGAGGCACAGGCGAAACUCGCGGGACAGAGAUCGUGGCAGUGGAAGGUCGAGGGACAGCGGAAGGCGGGACAGCAGAGACAGGGGCGGCGGUGGCGGCAGGGGCCGUUCACGCUCGGACUCGCGAGACCGUUCGUCGCGCAGGACUAGGGACCGGGAUGUUCGCAAGGAUGCAGGCGGUAGCAACGGUCGGGGUCCCGAUCCUGCCCCCGCGGCGGCGGCGGAGGAGGAGGACGACAUGUCGACGUCUCUCCUCGACAUGGACACAAGCAAGCUCUACGCGCAGGUAAUGAAAAGAGAGCGGGAAGCAUCCCAGGCGGUGGGCAAAGACUACGCGGCCCGCCCGGCAUCCUACAAGGGUUCCCUCAGCCUCAAGCUGGACCGCUACACCCAGCGCCGCAAGAGCCGGUCGCGGAGCCCCGACCGGCAGCGGACGUCGGGGGGCGGGGGGAGCAAGGGAGAGCGGCGCGCCGCCGAGCCGUCGCCGCCGCGACGCAAGGCGGCCCCCGUGAUGGCAACGGAGAUUACAAGUCUCGAAUGGGAAGCGGAGCACGCAGAUGUGAAGGGGGGGGGGGGGUACGGCUGUAUGGGGGAUAAUGACGGCGUCCUUGCAUGCCGAAGUAGAUCUGGCGGGAUGAUGGGGCUGUUGAAGGGGAAGACUAGGAGGGCUUGGGAUAGUGUGGAGCCAAUCAGGGAUGUCCCUGUUGCGCCCUUUGAGAAUUUAGUUUUUGUUUUUUUUUCGCUCCCAGCUUUUCGCAGGAAACCGGCUUUGCUACCCUAGCUGAAGAGCAUGGAGAAGCACCCUCACCUCGUUGGUUUGUAUGUAUGCGGGUUCCCCAACCAUCUUCCCCUACGCUGCUGCCGCUCUGUUCGGUAGAAAAGCAGCGGCAGGGUCGGUAUUUUCGGGGCCGAAACAGCCCCAAGUUUCCGUGGUAUUAUGAUAUACCGUAUAGCCGAUACACGGGGUGCAUCUACGAUCCAGGUCUACACGGAAGGAUACGUUUUGCGGUAUAUUGUCCGUCUUCUUCAAUGUUGAACGCGAGAAGAAGAAACGUGUCGGCAAUUCUUUCCGUCAACAUGUCCUCGUUGUCACUCACUUUUCUUUCUGGGAACGAAAUGCGGAAGAUUUUUUUAAGUUGCGAGCGCGGAACUUGUCACCCUACAUGACUAUAGAGGCUAGAAAGACUUCUAGUGGAGACGGCCUGGGCAACCCGCAAAGUUUACAGGUAUUGUGUGUCCGGUGUAUUUUGCUUUGUGGGGAGGGAGGGAGCGUGUUAGUGUCGACCGACGUUGGUUUGACUGGUGAGGAUAUGGUACUGUAGUAGUUUGAAUCAAGUGGGUAAAACGGGUUUUGAUUGCUUUUUGUCCAACAAUCAAGACAAUUUGACGGCAACACGGCGCCGGUGAUUGUCGGGAUAGCCCGGUGUGUUGCGUGGAAACCGAAGCUUGCUCCUGAAUGAUUCGGUUAGCAUGACGGAAAUGGCCGACAUGGAUGCAUCACGUCCCUCUGACGUCAAGCAAACAAGGUUGGUAGUUGUAGUUCGCAAGGAUGGCACGAGGCUAUUUACCCUCUUGCUGCCGUUGUGGAUGGAUGCGGUAGAACAACAUAAAACAGUUGGUACGGUGCUGCACCCCAUGACGAUGUCGCCCAACGAUUAUGAACUAGAGCACAAGCGCGCUUUUUCUCAUUCCUG